AACCAGUGCUUACGUGGACGGUAGAAUGGGAAAACUUAAAACUUUGGCUGCAAUUUGGGAAUUGCGGUUCUUCUUGACUUUAAUUUGGGAAAGAGCUCAAUAAUAACGACCGAUUUUACGACAGUUUUGAAACUAUCGGUGCAAUGCGACUAAAAAUUACUGACCCAGCAGAUUCUUCAGUAGCCAAACUUUACUUCUGAAAAAAAAAUUGAAAGGGACGACUCAUUAGGAGAGAGAAAGAAGAUAUUCACCGCCGUCGCCGCCGUCUGUGGCUGCCGGAUUCUAUCCUUCCUUACUCAUGAUCUUUACAAUUAACUUUCUUGAUUGAAGCCAAUAAUCCAGGUUAAUUAGAGAAUUUGUUAUCAUGAAACGGAGGGAGCGCAACUGGAUGUAUGAUAGGCUUAAUGGGCGUAAUCUUAAGCUCGGGUUCUUGAAAGGGGUUGAAGACUUCCUUGAGUAUUGCAGACAAAAUCCUGAGAGCUCAAACGUAGAUGAAGUUAGAUGCCCUUGUUCUAAAUGUAAGAACUUACGUCUCUACGAUGCGAAGACAGUCAAAGAUCACUUACACAAGAAGGGAUUUAUUCCUGACUACUAUGAUUGGUAUUGCCACGGGGAAAGUUUUUCAGAUCUAGACCAGGGGAAUUCUUCUUCUCAGAAACUGGUUGGGAAUUCUUCUUCUCAGAAACUGGUUGGGAAUUCUUCUUUUCAGAAACUGGUUGGGAAUUCUUCUCAGAAACUGGUUGGGAAUUCUUCUUCUCCGAAACUGGUUGGGAAUUUAUCUUCUCAGAAACUGGUUGUGAAUUCUUCUUCUCAGAAACAGGUUGGGAAUUCUUCUUCUCAGAAACUGGUUGUUAAUGUUAAUAAAAAUAACCAGGAACUGUUGGCUACAGGAAACUCAAGUGCCGUGGAAGAAGAGCCAAAUGUGGAAGCAAAGCAGUUUUUUGACCUUCUGAAGGCAGCAGAGCAACCACUUUAUGAUGGGAGUACCAUGUCUGUGUUGGAGAUGGCAUCUAAAAUAACAAGUCUGAAAUGUGUGUACAACUUGCAACACAAGUGUGUUGAUGGAUUUGCUUCUUUGCUAAGUGAAGCGAUUCCAGACAGCAACAACAUUGGUAGGACUUUCCUCGAAACAAAGAAAGUUAUUAAGGGGUUGGAACUUCCUCAUGAGAAGAUACAUGCAUGCCCUAAGGGUUGUAUGCUGUUUUGGAGAGGUGAUGCUCACUUAGACAAAUGUAGAUUGUGUGAUAGUGAUAGAUACAAGAAGACUUCUAAGGGUGCCUUGGUUCCUUCAAAAGUUCUAAUAUAUUUUCCAAUCACACCAAGGUUGCAAAGGUUGUUUGCAACUAAGAGCAUUUCAAAGGACAUGACAUGGCAUGCCAAGAAACCCCGAGUCCAAAACCAAAUGGUUCAUCCUAGGGACAGUGAAGCUUGGAAGCAUUUGGAUAGAUCUUUUCCUGAUUUCGCCUCCGAGCCUCGUAAUGUUCGACUUGGUAUGUGCACCAAUGGAUUUGCACCACAUGACAAAUUUGGAGGGCAAUAUGUGCCCGUCACUCUAACCCCAUACAACUUGCCUCCGUCAUUGUGUAUGAAAAAGCCUUUCAUGUUCCUUUCAUUGCUUGUACCUGGUUCGAAAAAAUUGAAAAGAAACUUGGAUGUGUACAUGCAACCGCUAGUUGAAGAGCUGAAACAAUUGUGGGAGAAUGGUGCCACUACUUAUGACAUCUCAAGGAAACAAAAUUUCAAUCUCCGGGCAGCCAUCUUAUGGACCAUUAGUGAUUUUCCAGCAUAUGGAAUACUAUCUGGAUGGUCUACUUCGGGGAAAAAGGCAUGUCCUUACUGUUUGGACAAAUGCAAAGCCUUUUGGCUUGACUAUGGGGGCAAAGUUUCUUGGUUUGACUGUCAUCGUCAAUUUCUCUCUCCUGAUCACCCCUUUCGAAACAAUAAAAUAGCAUUUUGUAAGAAUAGAGUUGAAAAGAACUCCCCUCCGUACAUCAUGUCCGGAGAAGAGUUGUGGCGUUGUGUGAAGGACAUGCCAAAAGCUAUUGAUGGGCCGGAAGCACUUAAAAGGAUAAAAAAGGCAAAAAAGGGUUGGUUUAAACAAAGCAUACUUUGGGAGCUUCCGUAUUGGAAGAAUUUGCUAAUUCGUCACAACCUAGAUGUUAUGCACAUUGAAAAAAACUUUUUUAAUCAAUUUAUUAACACUGUGAUGGAUGUGAAAAAACAUACCUCGGACACGGUGGCUGCUAGAAAAGACAUGGCACGUGUUUGCAAACGAACACAACUAGAGCUCACGGUAGAUGACAGAGGAAAAGAAAGCAUGCCAAAAGCACCUUUUACACUUGACAAGGCUCAAAAGAAGGUGCUGUGUGAGUGGGUUCGAGAUUUGCGGUUUCCAGAUGGAUAUGCUUCAAACUUGACCAGAUUUGUUGAUCUACAAACUUGUAAGCUUCGCGGCAUGAAAAGUCAUGAUUGUCAUGUCUUUAUGGAGAGGUUACUUCCAGUUGCUUUGAAGGAAUUGCUCCCAGAGCAUGUUUGGAAACCAAUUACAGAGAUCAGUCAAUUCUUUCGAGACCUGUGUUCCUCUACCAUCAAAAUGAGUGACAUGGAGCGCUUAGAACACAACAUUGCUGAGAUCCUUUGCAAGCUUGAAGUGAUUUUUCCCCCGGCAUUUUUUGACUCUAUGGAACACUUACCGUUGCAUUUGCCAUACGAGGCCAAGGUGGGUGGUCCUGUACAAUAUCGGUGGAUGUACCCAUUUGAAAGGUUUCUUCACCAUCUGAAACGCAAGGUCGGAAACAAGUCUCGUAUCAAAAGUUCAAUAUGCAAUGCUUACUUAAACGAGGAGAUUGCAAACUUUUGUUCACAUUACUUUCAGUCAGAAGUGGACACAAAAGCACUGGACUUAGGAAAGAAUGUGAAUUCAAAAGUUGAAAGACAUUUGCAAGAAAAAGAUGUCCCAGAAUUGUUUAAGGCUGUUUGCGGUCGUGCACCUAAUGAAGGCAGUCGUCGUUUCUUGGAAGACGUUGAGUAUCAACAUGCACAUAUGUUUGUGUUAGCAAACUGUGGCAUCUUAGGUGACUACGAGAAGAGGUUUGAGGAGCACAUUGUUCGUACUCGACCGGGUGUAGUUUUGGAGGACGUUUGGGAAAAAUGCGAAGCUGAAUUUUCUGAGUGGUUCAAGUCACAGGUACUUCGAUCAAUGACAACCAGUGAUGUGAUGCGUGCUUUGGCGAUGGGUCCAUGCAAACAAGCUCAGACAUGGAGUCAAUUUUCUGUUAAUGGUUUCAGUUUUCAAACAUAUGAGUAUGGCAAACACAAGUCGACCAUGAAUUAUGGAGUUUGUGUGUCCCAUCAAGAUGGAUCAGAGUUCGGCAUUUUGGAUGAUGUGAUUGAACUUGUUUACACCGGAAAUCUUGGAGUGUAUAAGACAAUAUUGUUCAAAUGCAGUUGGAUGGAGGAUAUUAAUAUUCAUGAACAGUACAAGCUUGUUGAGGUCAACCAUGUGAAGAAAAACCCAAACUGUAAUCCUUUUGUGUUGCCAUACCAAGUAAGGCAAGUGUACUUUGCACCUUAUCCCAGCCUUAAGAAGGAUUGUGCUCAAUGGUGGGCUGUGUUUAAGACAAAGGCAAAGUCAGUGAUUGAUGGUCAGGUUGACUCAGACAUUUUUCAGGAGGCAACUAUUGAGGUUCCACCAGCUCUAUGUGCUCCAGAUGAGAUUCCAGAAUAUAAUGAUGAAGAAGGUAUUUCGCAGGACGAGGAUGAUGGUGUUGAGGGAAUGCUAGUGGAUGCUGAAGAAGAGGCUGAUGACGAUGAGUCUAGCUGUGAUUCAAGUGAUGACAGCGGUGCUGCUGAUGAUGAUGAUGAGGAUGAUGAUUCUGAUUUGUUUUGUUGAAUUUAGUGUUGAUUUGGAUUACUUAAUUUGUAUUUUGACAUGAUUAGUGACCUUGAAAUAGGAUGUAUUGCUUUUUUUUGUAUGUUGACAUGAUUAAUGAUCUCGAAAACCUUGUUUCUUCACUGUGUCUCAUGCUGUUUUAAAACGACGAGAGAAAUUAGUAGGAUGCAGAACUUGUAUUGGACAAAGUUGAGUCCAUUGUGUCCUAGUUUUGUCCCUAUGUGAACUUUUUUCUUGAUAAAAUGAUUGUAAAGGUU